CUCUAUAGUCACUUGACAAAUGACCACGUUGGUAGAAAAUCAACUGGUAACUUAUGCUUAACUUGUCAUUGGGAAGAUUGUGAUGUGUCUGUUAUCAAAAGAGACCAUAUCACCAGUCACCUUAGAGUCCAUGUUCCUUCAAAGCCUCACCAUUGCGCUUAUUGCGAUAAAUCGUUUAAACGUCCUCAAGACUUGAAGAAGCAUGAAAAGAUUCAU